AUGCAACGCAGACCGGAGCUUAAAUCAAAGAUGGCGGAUUCAUCAUUAGGCAUGUUUUUUCAGAGAAUUCAGCAGUUGUAAAGGCUAAAAAACCCAAAAAACAAAAUCAAAUUUUUCUUAAGAGAUUAGAUAUGGAGGGGACUGUAGCAGGAGUAAGAAUUGUUCCACCCGUAGUGGAAUUUUUCGAUGCUGAAACAGAUGUUGUGCAUCAAAUGACACUAACUGUACAGAACCUGAGCAAGUCUUCCAAAGUCAUCCGAUUUCAUGGUCCUGCUUCGAAAGUAAGUACCUUUUGUUACCUUAGUUUUAAAGGAGUUAUGGAUAGCUACUAUAUGGUAGAAUAACUUGUGUAUGAAUAAGCUGAUGUGAUGCAGAAUUCUGCUUUAUCAGUUAAUAAAGUAGACGUAAACAGCGUUUUUGCAGAUUGUAUUUUUGGGUCACGUUGAUCUAUGAGGCCAGCUGGGUUGUGCAGAAAUUUACCUGUAGGGCCUUUCAUUACCACCUGAUUUACUUCUAGUCGACAGAUACUUAAGAAAACAAUAUAUUCGUUCUUUUAUUGCAUAGUAAUUGACGUUUAAAAAUAAAAUCGUAAGAAUAGAAUUUGCAGAACAUUAAUCUGUGUGUUAUUUUAUACAUGACUAUAAGUAACUUAAAUGCACGUCAAUACUUGUACUAAGCUGACCCUCAAUGUUUUCUUAGCUGUAUCCUCACAAACGAUUUUUUCCACUAAAUAGAGGUUUGUCUUUCAUAAAUUUAUAUUGGAAGAAAAUUAAAAUAAACGUUCUAGGGUUGUAUGUACUUGAGGUUGUGCCUGCUUGGUGUUAUUUUCCACCAGCCACUGCACAUGUUUUUGAGAAAUUGUAAAUGCCAAGACUAGGAAUGUGUUUGAAUAACUUGAACUACUUGCAAAAUAAGACAUCACAUGUUAACCACAUUCGUGCGUCAAAUGUGGUAAGGACGUGACGUCUUACUUUCAGUGCAAGCAGUUCACUGUACAUGUUAAGUCUGAUAUUAAAGUUAAGGUUUUGCUGUAUUUGUUUGAAUUUGUCAGAAUACAUUUUAAAUAUUAUGUUAAAUAUUACUAUUAUUUAGCCUGAUAAAUUUUAAUUUUUCUGCCUUUUUUUCUAGUGUUUCCGCUUAAAAGUUAAAAAUCCUGACCAUGCUAUAGCCCCAGGGUUAGAAGUGUCUGCAUUGGUUGAAUAUUACACCACAAGGGCUGAAGAUGCUCAAGAUAGAGUUAUACUUGUUGCUGACAAUGAUGUUGUGGAGAUUCCUCUAAUGGCGUAAGUAACUUGUGCUUUCUCUGGUUAUCUCUUGGUAUCUGACACACACAAGAGUCCAGGGUUAAUUUAUCCUGCAUAAUUUACUGAGCUGAGAUUUCUUUCCUCACAAUAAUAGUAAUAAUUUGCUGAGGUGAAAGGUGGCCUAAUAUUAGCUUGGUUUUCAGAACAGGUUUUUUUGGUUCCGCUGUGUUUUCUGUAAAAAUAUACCGGUAAUGAUAACAAACUAUAUAUACAUGUAUGUUGCGGUUGAUUUUUUAUUUUAGUUAAUUUUUGUUUUUCCUUUGUUUCAAGUUAAUUAGCAUACAUUAUCAUACCCAAAAACAAUGGAAAAAUAAAAAUGUACUGAGAUAAAAAAAAAAAUUAACCGCAACAUAUAUAUGUUAUAGGUCAAAAUUAAAUGUGGGUUAAAAAUUUUUUAAACUAGGUUUAUUCUCAAUUUCCUUUGUCUCCUAGCCCUAAUUAUUUACUAUCCAGGGGAUAAGUGUUAACCAGUGUGUUCUGCGCUGGACAGAAAUUAAUCCAGUGGAUACGUAGUUUAUUUUUUAUCUCAGGUAAUUUUUAUUUUUCCUAUGUUUGAACUUCAUUAGUAUACAUGUACAGUACCAUACCCCAAAACAAAAGAAAAACAAAAUUGAGCUGAGAUAAAAAAAAUAACUACAACAGAUACUUGUACAAGUGUAGUGUUAUCCAUGGUCCAGGAAAUUUCAAUAGCAAGUUUAAUACCUUUGUUUCCUCUAAUAUCUGAAAGAAUAUAAAACUUCUUUAAGCGAGCUAGAGCUGUCACAAAGAUUUCAAGUUCCUUAAUGUUUGCAAUUAAUAGAUGGGGAAUUGAUUAGUGAGGAAGUUCCUUUGUUUCCUAUGAAAGUAGGUGGGGGUUAAGCUUAUAGUAGCUGAAGGAAAUACGCAGCCCCUGGCUCUAAAUGACAGCCCUGUUGUUCAGCAUUACUGCACUUUUCAAACACAGGUAAACUCUGAAGUUCAAAAGCCGCCUUCACAAUUAGUACUUUUUUCACUGCUGUCAAUCAUAAUUAUGAUCACAACUUAAUGAACCUUGAAACACAGAAACACACAAAACAGAUCAAAACCCACCAAUCACAAAUCAGAAACCAUGACCUUUUGAACCCAUUGAAGUGAACAUCUGUUUCCUAAGACGUCCGCUGAGAUGAUUGACGGCAGUGAAAAGUGCAAAUAUCAGUUGACUUUUGAACUUCAGAAUUUGCGUGUUUAUGAAAGUGCAGUAAAGCGUGAAAAACAGAAAAAUAAUGUGUGAUAUUUUCUUUUCCUCUUUGUUGUUAGAUACACCCCAUCACCUCAGUUAGAACUGAGUGGUCCCGCAGAUUUUGGUGUGACAGUAGCGGAUGGCAAAGUAUUAAGGCAGGAAAUUUUUGUCUUAAAUGAAGGAUCUUUGCCUGGAGAGUUUAAAAUAAGAUAUACUGGAAAUGAACCCAUCACAAUUAUGCCAUCAGGGGGUAUUGUCAGACCAGGUGCAAAGCAAGGUGUUAAGGUAAACAAAAAUUGCACUGUCUCAUGCAUGAGGCUGUUUCUUUCUUUGUUAACUUACACGUAGCAGCUCCCAGGUGCAACAAAGCACGGCAGUUACUUUCUGGAAACUGCUAGACAAUCUGCUUUGCUUCUAAAUAAUACAUCAUCCAUCAAUGAAGUUACACUCACAGGCCCUUAAGUUAUGAAAAGUGAUAUAAUGAUAUUAUGCCUUACCUUUUUUUAACUAAAAACUCACUCAGAGAGGGUUAAAGGAAGGGAUGGCCCUCCCCUUUCUCCAGGAUAAAAAUAAUAAUAUUGUGUAACAUAAACAGAAUAAAGAACCAGGAACACAUUGAUCCGUAAUCUUUGUUAAUGUAAAUUGACUGUACAUGUACUUACUGACUAUUCCAAGGCUGAUUUUGUUGUAAUGACUAUAAUUAUAUUUUAACCCCUGCUUCUUCAGAUUGAGUUUAUUAGCAAGACACCAGGAAAACUCAGUGAAGUGGCACAGUAAGUUUUGAAAUUUGAAUAAACAUUUCUUUAUUUAAAUUGACGUUGAAGGCAUUUGAUGCUUAAAAGAAGAAAAUAUUAUUACCAUUGUUCUAAUCAGGUACAAUGUGAACUGUGCACAUUCAUUUACAUUUAAAUAGAGCACUUCCAGCAAAUAUUAUUUUUGUACGAGAGAUUUACUGACCCUACCCCUCAGAGUUUUGUGACGUUUAGUAGCACUACCGAGUAAGCUGUGCGAGUAAGCUAGAACUGGAUGAGAUGAGAAAAAAGAGCAAGUUUUCCUUGUAGGGUUUUCAUUAUGGCAUUAUAUCCCCGCCAAAAUUUGACUUUUGCUUUUCAUAUUUGUUUCCCAUUAUAUUAUCUUUGUUGUCCAUGAUUCAGCAUUGAAGUUCCACAAUCCAACAUUAGAGUUCCAUAAUGCGACAUUGAAUUUUCGCAACACGUUGUGUUUUUACAAGUGCCACUGAUAUUCACUCUUGUCCUGCCAUUCAACACAUUUGGGUGGCAUUUUAUGCAAGUUUAUUCCACUUGUUUAAUUUUUUCCAACACGCAUGAAUGAUUUACACUUCAAAAGGGAGAGCACUGUACCCAGAUGUAUGCGGGCACAAACUAAUAAAUAUAGUGCCAUUCCAGGAAGCGACUCAAAGCUCGACUUCCAAUGUCCCUGGCUCCCGGCCAGGUACAUUUUCAAAAUGCCAGAGGUUAAAUAAACCUUGCUGACUGUUUGAUAAAGCUCCCAAGACGGUCUUGGAAGAGAAUUACAGUUGACUCCCGAUAACUCGAACCCUUGAAUUUUGGCGGGGAUAAUAAUGCCACAUUUCAUCAAGUAUUGUGAGAUUUUUUUCUGGGAGUUCUUUCUGGGAAAAUAAACAGGGAAACAGUGUUGUUGUGAAUUUUAUGGGGUGUUUUAUUGAUCAGCUCAUUUUAAUAAUCGCUGGAAAGGUUCUGCAGAUACAAAAUGUAGUUGGCUAUUAAAUGUACAGUCCUUGGCUUUCUAACUUUCUUGAAUCUUCCCUCUAGUCUUAUAUCUUUUUAAGAAUCAUGAAUAUUAAUAGAUCCUCAAGUAAAUUUAGAAUAUUUUAUUUAUUUUAAUUCAGUAAAUUUUUGAACAGUACCUUUUUAUGAAAGUCAGCUAGCAAAAUGCUGGGACUGAGCUCUUGACUAUGCCAUCAACUUUGACCAGUGCACUGCUGCUGAACAUAUACUUUUUGUCCAUUAGAACUAAAGAAAAUGUCAUUGAUAUUCACUAUUUAAACAGCAUUCUCUUGAUUUUGGAGUUGAUAUAUUACUCCAGUGGGAUAAAGUUUUUUGUACAAUGUACAUUGUAUGAAAGUUCAUGAUGAAAUGUGACUCUCUCAUCAAUAAAACUUUAUUCCUUGACUGUAGUUGCCAUGAUAAUAGUCCUCUUGCGAAUUUUUUUGUUGAAAACAGGAUUUUUUUAUAAAUUGCUAAUACUUUUAUCCUCUGUAGAGUAAAGCUAGAAGGUCAGCCAACCACAACUCUUCAAAUCAUAGGAAAUGUAGUGGAGAGAUCCUUAGAGCUAUUAACAAUAGAUACAGAAGAGCCUGUGCAGACAAUUAACUUUGGUUCAACGUACUAUGGCACAGACCUUACUCAGUCAUUCCUUAUUUACAACAAUGGACCAGCUAUAGCACACUUUGUUGUUAUACUAGAGGAGGGUGGAGAAGGCCAGGAAGUGGUAUGUACAAUGUACAGUGUUCAGUAUGCUGAAGCUUGGUUUCACUGAAGCAGUUAUACAUUAAUACAUUAUAUAUGACUUAUGUGGUGGAGCUCUUGUGUACAUGUAUUACAGCUUUCUCUCCCAAGAGGAACUACUCUAGCUUGCCAAUAAAAGCGAUGAUCACUGUCAGAGUUGUCGUGUUACAUGUAUGUUCUUUUUAAGGCAUUGAUGCAAAAAAUGGCAGCUGGGACUAAGUGAAUUGAAGCUACUUGUUGUUCUUCACAGAUUGAUCAUCUUUUCUGGCUAAUUGACGAUUGUUAACUUGUUAUAAAAUUGAUACAUGUACAGUGUACCUUGCAGUGCGUGUGAGCCACACCCACAAAAGAAGUAAUAUUUUGGUACCUCUAAUCCCUAUCCUUUUUAUAAGGGUGUGCUCCAGUCUUUCCCUGCCUUGCUCUAAUUUGGGCUUCCUGCAAAAUGCACUGUGUUUUCAUUGUACACCAUAUAUACAGUAUGCAUACUUUGUACAUACAUGUACUCUUGGACACCUGUUGGUGCAAGAGAUAUAUAUGCACACAUCAAAGCUUGUUUGCAUGAAAUAAACGGAACUUGGCUGGCAGGCUCCGCGGCACUGUGGUGCGUGCAGAAAAAAUAUUUUCAAUUCAGUAGGAGUUGCAACUUGAGAUCCUCGAUCAAACAUCUUGUUUUCUUGUGUACAGUCUGGUGGAGUCCGAAGAUUUAAUAUUUCAACCGUUGGAGUUCACUUUGAUUAAAAUCCUUGUCUAUGCAUCAUUUGAAAUUCUGAUUUGAUUACAAGCUCUGAAAUGUCAAGGAAUAUAAACAACUAUAAAAGAGCAGCUCACAAAGUACAUUUGUGUCAUUCCGUGGCCUGUCAAAAUUCUCGAGUGUUCGAUCGCAAAGCGCAAGCUUUUUCUUACGGGUAUAUCCCUGCAUUACCAAAAAUAUUGUAGCAAUAUUUAUUUGAUAUGAAAGUACGACAAUUUACCGGGUGAAUUUUCAACGACGAAUACAGUUUCCAUGUGUUGUUCUCAUCAAACGACUGCCGCGUUUCUACCACAGUUUUAGCUUAUGUUGAUUUCUUUUAAUGCCUAGUCUCUUUGUUCAAGAAAAAAACACAAAGCCCGUCGCCACGGCAAGAAAAAUUUUCAAAGCCCGUUCGGUUUUUUCCCGACCCGGUCAUUCCCAUAAAUAAUGAACUGUCCCCUUACUAAGCAUAAAGUUUACAUUAUGUAAAAUUUUAUUGGGAAAAGAACUUUCUCACUGAGCUAUAGAGGUCAGGAGGAAAAAGGAAAUUGGAAAUAGGUAACUAACUUCGCAAUCUUGAAACAUUUUUGUUAUUUUUUCUCUCUUUUCUAAGGGUGUUGACUUGACCAAAAAUGCAACAGCCAUGAUGUUGUCGCAAACAGAUUCUCAGGAUCUGGGCACAGCUAAUGACUUGACAACACUGGUAACAGCUCUGCCAAGCCAGGGGUCCCUCUAUCCUCAUGAAAAAAUGGAGAUUCACUUUAGAUUCAGCCCAAGAUACACAAAAUCUAACAAAGGUUGGAAGACCAGUGACCAGCCACCUCCAAGGAAAGACUACACCCUCUUCAUGCACAUAGAAACAGUUGGAAGUGUUGCUGGUAUCUCCAACAACUCCAGUGGUGGAAUCAACAAUGGAGGUAUAACAAGUCAACUGAAAGAUAAUAACCUUCAUGGAGGGAGUUUUUUUUUCCUCUGGAACAAUGCAUUUUAAUUUUUUUUUUAGAAUAUUGAAAAUAAUCAAAGCACAAGCACAUAUGUCAUUCUAGUAAUACUGAUGCUGAGCUCAUUCAUGAAUGUUUCCUUUUAAAAAAUUAAAUGUAAUGGUUUCUUGUUAUUUCAUUUAAGCACUUACAGAUAUUAUAGUGAAACCCUCUUUGGGAACCUCAGUCUGCCCAGAACUCGAAAAAGUAGAAUUUGAGCUUGUCUUUUUUUAUUUUCACAAGAACCUCUCACAUUUUGCUGCCCAGGACCAUUGUUUGCUUAUUUUAGUUAAUGAUUUACUCUCAAGAUAACUUCCCUAGCCUCUUUCUCUUCAGGUAACUGAGCUUAAAAUUAGUUAUUUUCCCAGCAAGGAAGUGUAUUUGUCCCAGACAACUAGUUGGGACUCUUUUGAGCCCCCACAGUAUCAUCUUUUUUUUUUCCCUUCACUGAAGUGGCACAUGGUUAAUUACCUUGAGUUCUUUACUCUCAUUUACCAAAUUCGUUCUGUCAGCCAGUUGCAUCCCAGUUGUAUCUCUCUAAGGAUCAUUUAGACAAACAGUAGCAUGGGGAAGCCAGAUCAGGAUCAGCAGUAUAGAAUAACACUUUAAAUAAAUGAAGCCAAGGCUGAUCAGACAGCUAUGGAUGGGUAACUUGUUUGCCUAUCCAUUUUAAUAGCUGUCAAAUUAGUCUUGCCUUCAAUUUAAAAUAAUAUCGUAUCCCUUUCUCGCACAAAAAUUAAUUAAUUUGUUCCCUAAUGUUUUAACUAGAUGAUUGUGUUGCUCCUUUAUAGGCUCCAGAGUUGAGGUUGCUCUCCAGGGAACAGCAUUACCUGUGCUCUUAUCCAUUUCUCCCAGUCCUGUGUUUAAGUUUGGAGACUGUCCUGUUGGUGAACAAAUUGAUGCCCUCUGCACUGUAAACAAUGAAUCAGCCAGUUUACCAGUGACAUUUUCUCUCCAUUCCACUGCCCACUUCCAAGCCUCGCCAUCACAGGGUUACAUUAGUGCUGGGCAGUCUGUUGAUGUGUUGUUAUCAUUCAAACCUAACCAGAUGGGCACAUUCAAGCCAUCAGUUCCACUGGAGGUUUUAGGUGGUAUCGUGGAACAGUUUUCAUUUGAUGGAGACCCCACGGCUCUUAGGUAAGGCAACAUGACUACAACAGAUAUUAUUGUAAAAGGUCUGAACCCAGGAGUCAUUUCAAAAGUAGGUUGAGUUUGAUCGUCAGGGUGAAUGUAUUCCUGAAUAGGACUGUUGUCGUUGACAGUGACUGAUGUUUAGACAACCUGUGCGGUAGUCAUCUUCAGAGUCAAAGUGAGUUGUAUCACGUCAGUUGAUGGUAUUAUACUCUGGUUAUUGAUCUGGUUGGUCAAUUACGUCGCAAUGUUAUUGGUCGUCUGUCAGUUAAGCUGUGAUGUUAUUGGCUAUGGAGACUUGUAAUCAGUAAUUGCAGGUGCCUUUUGAUCCGUCUAUUGUCACAGUUAAACAGUCGUCUAUUGUUAGUCAAAUUGUCAGUUCUCCAGUCAUUCUCUUGUAGUUAGUUUUGCUUGAUCUCGUCAAUAAGUCGUUUGUACAGUGCUGGUAACUGUUGGCUACGGUUCAGUGGCGUUUGUUCUAAGUUAAUAGUAAACCACAUAUUAUUGGCUGUUUUCCAGUUUUUCUUUAUGUUUGUUUUAUUCUACCUUAUUUAUUUCAAUUAGGUUGGUUCCAAUUUAUACUGCUCCAGUUCAUCUUCAUGGUACAGGCACCAGGGAGACCAACAAAUCAAAAUUACAGCCACCACCUGGCGUGCCUCAGGUCGCCCAUCCUAAUGAUAGAGCCACAAGCAUCAGACCUGCAAAGAGAGAUGAAAAUGUCAGGUUAGGAUUCCAUGAAAUUUUCAUGUAAUUCAUGAGUAUGUGCAGGGGCUUUAUUAUGAUUUUGAGGAAAAGUCACUCCUAGGAAAUUUUGACUGGCAAAUUUUUUUUCUAGAAAACACUUCGCAAAACAAUUAAGGCACUGAGUGUGAUUUGUUUUUUUGGAACAUGAAUUGAUACAUGAUUAUAGCAUAACUGUUACUGGUUUUGACUGAAGAAUUAAAGCUCCCAUUAUUUAAUAAACGAUGUAAUGUUAUUAUUUUUUCAGAACACUGUUCACAGGAAUUGAAAGAUACACAUUUGUAGAUCCAGACUAUGCUUUCACAGAUAAAGAAGAAAAGGAAAGAGUGGAACAUAAACAACAGUACUUGGACUACAUAAAGGGUUUAAGAGAAAAUAGAUUGGCCAGUGAGAAACGAAAGUAGGUUCACUACUGCACCCACACAUUACUUUUUGUAAUUCAUGAGUUGUAUAUAUGUAAUUAAUCAGUGCAUGAUUAGUUUGAAGAGAGAGAAUUCUACAGGCCCAAAGCUGGUGGUGUAGAAGCAACAGGGGCUUUCUUUCUGAUAUUGCCUCGGAGAAGAAAUGUACAGUCAGCAACAGCGCAAAGUUUCAAAUUCCCCUUCUCUCUAAGAAAUGCUGCCUUUGUUGGCAGAAAAAGACGGGAUUGAUACUACUAGUGCAAAAAGGUGGGGUGGGGGUGCUUGUCUCCCCCAACUAUGUCAGUGUAUGUCUGUCAUUUCCUCUCACUGAGGUCUCUAAUUAUCCUCGCAUUAAAUGAUUUAGUUAAUUACCCCGGUAUAUUCAAAAGGCAAGUCUCCACCAGUAGUUUGUAAUCUUAGUAGUCUGGUGACAACUGGCUCUGUUUUAACAUGUAAAUCACUGAACAUUAAUUACAGGGGCAAGGCUGGUUGUAAAUAUUAAGCCAUCCAGAUUCAAUGAACUUAUGACGUAUAGGAUUAAUAAUUAUUUUAUUUCUUUUUGCAGUGAAUUUCAUCAGUAUAAUAAUGAUACCGACUUGGGCAUGAAAAGCAGUGGAGGACUAAGACCUCCAAAACUUUCUUCAAAAGAAGCCAGAUCUCCAGAAAAAGGUCAGCAGUUAUGAAAAAUCACAUUUGUUUGUGUAUACUAAAAAUCAAGGAUUCCUUAAAUGAAAACAUGGCCAAAUCAAGUAGCUCAUAUCAACGCUACUAAGUAUACGUAAAAACAGGUAAUUGUCCCAAAAUCAUACUAGUUGAUUGUUCCCUCGGUCGUGGGCUUAUGUUAUUCACAAGUUGAGACCACGUAAUGUACAAACGGUUUCUCAAAAGUACUGGCCCCGGUUGUUCAAACGUUGGAUAGCGCUAUCCACCGGAUAAAUCACUAUCCAGCGGAUAAACAUUACGUAAACCAUUGCGCCAUCCACUGGAUAGUUAUUUAUCCUGUGGAUAGCGUUAUCCAUGUUUAGAACAACAGGGGCCUGAUAAUUAACGGGUCUGGAUGGUAUUUGAGCAAGAGGUUUCAACAGUUUUGCAGAUAACGUGAAAAAGUAUCAGUUUGAAUUACUUUUUAUAAAACAAAAUGGACUGGUUUGUUAGCUAAGGUCCACGUAUUUAUUCGCUAGUUUUUGAAAUUUAAUAUUUGAAUUCGAGUACGAAAAAUUAUCAGAACUCUGGAGAAACGGGCCUUAGGUAUGGUUUAAUGAGGGUUAGAAAGCUGCAUUUAUCUUUUUUUUUUCAAUACUUGUUAUUGAAAGCUACAUGUGUAACUUUAAAUUUCGACCCUGCUCGCUACAGAGCCUCCAGUGGCUUAGUGGUUAGAACAUCCGAACUAACACUCGGAGGGUCGUGAGUUUGAUUCUCACCUGAGGCUCGGAAUUUUUUCUGACCGUUCUGGUAUAAGAAUUCUCCUUCUUCCAAAUUAAAUGAAUGCAGUGUUUUUUUUUUCAUUGCGUUAUUUUGUUUGUAUUGCCUUAUUUCUUAGCCCCCUCCCCAGUAGAUGAUGAGGUUAAGUUGUUGAGUUCCUUAACCCUGGCUGGAAACAAGUCUCAAACUUUAUCAAAACCAGUAAGUAAUUUACCUCAGCAACUGAAUCCAUUCCACAAUUAAGAACCACUAGUCUGAAAUGUCAGCCGUUUCCAUCCCCUAACCCGUGGGGUAACCUGUGGAGAUGCAUGGGAGAGAGACAUCUCUCCUAGGGCUCGAAAAAACGUGAAUUCCAGCUUGUUUUUUGGGUAAGCAGUUCUCUCAUUUUGCUUUCCCUGGGAGACUUCGUGCUCGUCUUAGUUAAUGAUUUUGUUAGAGGAUGACUUACCUGGACCCUUGCUCAUUAGACACGUGACCUUUAAAAGUUACUCGCCCCGUACGAAAAUCUCCUUGUCUGAUACUACCGGGUGGGAAUUUUUUUCGAGCCGUGUCUCCCCCUCCCCGUACCCCCAAGGGGUUUAAGUGGUGGAGACUGUUGACAUUUCAGAAUAAAGAACCACUACACUGACCUGUUCAUGUUCACGCUGCUGGUGUCUUACACCUAAACUAUUAAGGACUUGAUCCACGUGAUCAGAAGACACACAGGUAGGAGCACACAAUUUUUUUCAAUCUUCUUAAUUCGUUUGUUACCUGUUAUGAUAUUUCUGAACGUGCUCUUUUUAUUUCGUGUUGGUCUACGUCCCGUUCUAUUUGUCCGACAGCUUCGUGGGUUCUUUUUUGUCUCACAAAAUCCAUCUGAUCAGUGAAUGUUUUUUGCGGUUGGGCCCAGCGUGCAAAGAAAGUCGUGUCCGGUAGCCCAGGGCUAGUGGAUUUUGCUGUCGGGCUAGUGAUUUUUGUUCUUAACUUGCUGUUUUUGGGGGAAAUCCAAAUUACAGAAGGAUUGUAAUCAAUCCUGCUAAUCAAAAAGGGUUUUGGGGGUAGUUGAAAUGAGUUGUGGGCUGGUACAUGCUAGCUACAGCUUGCCCGAAUUGCAGGCUGUAAAGCUGACUUUCUUUGGACCCUUGGUUGGGCCCAUAUUUUUUUCGUCCUCAUCCGGAAGGAUUAAAGUAUCAAACAAUUUUACUUCCGAAACGUCUGUUUUUGUUAAGUUAUCUAUCAAAAGUGAAAACUUUGUCGUUUGCCGCUCGUUUUCGCGAAUUCGUCACUCAAAAAAGGUGACUUUUGUGAAUGUCUAUCAAGCCUGUCACGUUUGCGUAAUGAUCAGCUGGGUAAACGCAGCACGUUCUUCUCAUAUUGUGUAUUUUUAAGAGCCUGUGUGUUGAACUGGCUGUUAAUUAAACCUCAGCCUACAGCUUCGAAGUCUGGUAACUAUGCAACUUCCGUGAACAAUAUUGUCUCUUUUCUUUUCUCAGUUAAGUGAUGGCUUGAAUGCUGUGCCAAUGACCAAUCAGGAAAAGCGUGACUGCUCCUCUGUGCUUUCACCUCAGCAACUAAAACUAGUAGAUAUAGGCAAGUGUAAUAGUUUAUUAGAUCAGUAACAGCGUUGUUAACAUCACUUUCCAAAGCCUAUUUACCUUUUGUGUAAAUUAUUGUCAAAAGUCUGGUAAUCAGUACGUCUAGCGUGAGACAAAGGGAAAUUCUUGAGUCCGAACAGGAGUUGAACCUAUGGCCUCCCGAACACCUAGCCCAUGUUCUAUUCAAAGAGUUACGAGGACUCUUGAAGAGCAAGGCCAUAAACUAGUUCUUGUUUGUAACAUACAUUAAUACCUGCUAAGUGAUUAAUGUCAUUGGAGAUAUCUACACGUUCAACAUCUUACUUUAGCACUAAGUGGCUCUUUCUUUUUACAUUUUUAAUGACUAUUUUGCAGGACCUUCAUUGAUGGAUUUUGGCCAAGUCUGCUUGCGCUCUGUUAGCAGUAAAGACCUUACGAUCGUGAACAACUUAGACAUUUUUAUUCAUGUUGUUGUAGAGGUGAGCAUCUCAUCUUUCUUUUAUUCGGUCACACCUCACUACCGAGUGAAGAGUUAUUAACCCAGUCGCUCCCUGGAAAUUUUGCCCAUAAAUGUCAUUUAAAGCUGGUCCAGCUGUUUUAGGGUUUUGUGGUAUCUACCUCACCUGUGGCCAAAAAGAACGAAAAACUGCCCAAGACGUUGCUUACAGCUCAAGCACUACUUUUGUUCGUGAUGCUAAAUUACCAAUUCCAAAGUUCGAGUAUGUUCAGAAGGCAUUUUGCUUUCUCUCCUCUCCACACUUUUUUUCUUUUCCUUUUUUCUUUUGUUGGACAAUGACUAGGUUUCCAUUCUGUGGGAAACGUUUAAGAUCGUGAAAUAAUGUUGAAGGAAGUACAGGAAGGUUAAGCGUAACAAGAUUUUCAUUCAUUUUCUGGUCAAAUUUCCAUGUAUGUUUGCAUUUUUCUCCGGCCCAUUUGACUGAAUCGUGGUUAGUCAGGUAUGGUCUCAAAGAUACUCCUCCCCCUGCCCCCUGUACCAGUUAUGUCAAAUUUAUCAAUCACCAUUAAAACUGAUAGAGCGAUUUUCGUAUGACCUUGAAAAAUGGUUUCGGCAAGUGUUCGUUUUUACUUUUGUCAGCCAAUGGAUGAAAAGAUCAAGACAUGGACUCUUCAAAGAAAUCCCUAAUAUGGAGAAGGCAUUGUUCGAUUGGCCAAUCGUGUUACAGUGUGACGUCAAAGUGAAGUAUCGGUUGAUUUCUAGAAGGUCCUCGGGCAUCAAGUUUUUUUCACCCGGGCGUUCGCUUAACCAACCAAAGCCACGCGCGUUUGUAUCCGUUCGAUAAACCAAUCAAAUCGUUCUAGUUCCGUUCGUUUGUUGUUUCUGUUUUGUUCGCGCGUUUUCAUUUCAAGGUCAUAUGAAAAUCGCUCCAACAUCACAAGCAGUACACAAGAGACGUGGAAUCACACCCUGGUUUGGGGGCAGUGGAGAUGUGAAUGUGUUAAGUAAAACUUACUCAUGUUUCCAUCUCUUUAAAGAUUGACUGCCGUGAACUUCGUCAAACCUCUCCUUUGUCUCAAGUGAUCCCACCAAAUUCUGUAGCAAAGCUUGCCAUGAUGUUUGAGUCUAAUGUCAGAGGCACUUUUGAAAGGUGAACAAUACUAUUAAUUUCAUGUCUUCUGUUGUUUAAUUAUGUACGGAUUUGUUUCUAUUUCUAGGCAGUAGAUUAAGUUUUUUAAUGUGCUUAUCAAAAGUAAUUUAAUCUUAUUUCUUGAUUUCUGACAUAAAAAUGUCUCAAUGGAGGAUCUUUCCUCAUAAUUGUGAUAAAACAUUUUUGGUUGUACUCUGUCAUCUCAUGCAAUAAUGGAAACUGUUUCAGUAUACAGUAUUUUUUGUUAAUUUUAUAGGAGCAUAAACUAUAGCAUAAAUGGUUACCAUCGGCAGCACAUUGUGGUGAUGGCUGAAGUUGUGUCCGUUGCAUUGGAGUUAUCAAGUGAUGAGGUUGAACUCAAACCUUCUGCUGGACUUCUGGCUGAUUCAGGUAACUGUUAUUUGCAGCUGUGUAAAGAGAAAGUUAAUAAAAAUGCCUUACUUUAUUCAACAGAUGUGUAUUAGGUGUUAGUUUAGACAUCAAUUAGGAAUGGCGGUACUAUUUUAUCCUUUCUUUAUCCGCCAAUCCGGAAAAAUGUCUAAAACGGACUUUGCAGUCCUUCGCUUUGCUGGCUCGUUCCCUGAAGGAACAGAUUACAAGUGAAUUUUUCUUCUGUCUUUCUACUAGGGCUCAGGGGCUCCAUCACCUUAUUGAACAAAAGGAACUAUGCUGCUGAGUUUUCUUGGUCCCCAGUCUUGGAUGAAAGAGGAACAGCAUUCUCCAUCCGACCAUCCAUCGGUAAACUUGCCACUCAUAGGCCUAUCUACCUAUACACAAAAAAAGGCCCCGGGAUAUACAUGCAUGCCCCCCUCCUGCUGAAAUGAAUUCGAUUGAAAUGAAUUCGAUUUGUUAUGACGUUUUGAAGGUUAAUUGUAAAGACCAGUAAAUGCAGAACGUAUUUUGAUCAGCACUCUAAUGGCUUGUUUAGAAGCGCUUUUUCUCUUGCGGUUGAAAGCCCCCUCGCCGGGAUAUAAGCCCCUUAUAAGCCCUCCUAAACCCCCUCAGGAAGAUGUAUAAGCUCAGAGCUUACAAGUUGUAGUUUGCCGUACUCACAGCUGAUGUAGAGAUGCAUUCUUUCCUUGAAAAGGUUUACGAGGCUCUGUUCACGCUGUUCACCUCUACCAAGCGAACACUUCCCUUAAAUUGAUUUGUUAUAAAAUGAACAGAAAAUUCCAAAACAUUGUUUGCCGAAAUCAGGUCCGAUGGGUUAAAAAAAUACUACCACUCUGGAUACGUGUAUCACUUAUUCUACUUGCUUCCCUGCACGCAAGAGCGUUCGCAAGAAGGAGAAAAGCUUGGUUUUAUCGACGCAUGAGCAGAAUAUUAGUUACAGCUAAACACAGAUGGACGACAUUGCGCAUGAGCAGAUCAUCAUUUGUAGGCAGUUAUUUGCAGGUCACGUGGUGGGCUCUCGGCGUAUGAAAACGAAGAAAAAUUUGCAUGGAAUAUUCAAGUGUUUUAAUUGUGGUUGCAGGGACUGUUGAUGCUUUUACUGCCUUGGAGUGUGAGGUUGUUUAUCAACCAGCAUUUUCAGCCCCUCAAGAAACUGAUUUCCUUAUUCAUGUCACUGGCGGAAGUGAUCUAAAGCUAAAAUGUGUGGCAAAGGUGCGUACUGUAACUCUAAAAGUAUAGUCAGUUCCUUUUAAGUUUUGUAAUGUUUCCAGCACGGAUCAAAAAACCCUUGAGCGUCAGACAUUGAUGGAGUGUUAUUGUAUAGCAAGGACUAUUAUGCUAAUUCUUGGUUUUCAAAUGACGUCGCUAAAAUACAAACUAUCGAUCUUAGCAGCUGAAAACUAUUAUUCGUGCAAGUGUUCGCUUCGAAAGAGUUCUUGGUUUUGUGAUAGAGUACGCUUGAAUUUAUAAGCUGUUGCGUGACUUAUUACGGGAAAUUUUGCUAUCUAAACUGUUCAUGUAUUAGAAAAAAGUAUUGUUUUAAUGUUUAUGAGUUCUUCGAAAGAUAAAUUCAAGCUUUUGUAGCAAGUCUCGGUGACAGAUGUUUCUGUUGGUUUCCGGUCGCCAUGUUGGUGCCUAUCGGGAUGGGCACCAGCAUGGUGUCUCCAUACAAAGCUCUACAAAUUUGCGUAAAACAUUUCUCCUGAUAUCACGUAUAUGAAAUAUUGCUGAAUGCUGUGACCUGAAUCCUGGCGAGGUUCUUGCAUAUUUACCUCCUUCCAUUUCCCAGAUUCGGGACUUUUUCUAUUGAACGGUUUUGAUUUUUAUUUUGAUCUAUUUUGAAAGGCUUGAUACUGAAAACCAGCAAUUAAGAAACAGCGGAAGGUUGUACUCGCGACUUAUGGCCGCUUUUGUGAUGAGUCGGUACACUAUUGACCUGUCAAGGUUAAACUAAAGUAUUCACGGUUUUUUUUUGGUCAUUGCACCGUAAUAAUUUAUUUCUUUUACUUUUUUUAAACCUUGUUGGAUCUCACAGCUUGGCCCUGCUCAUUGUGCAUUUGUGGAGAGAAGACUUCUUUUUGGUUCAGUACCACUUCAUUUAGCUACAUCGAGGACCGUAUCGCUCAGGAACACCAGCCAGAAUCAUGCGUACUUUGAGGUAUGUACACUACUGCAUACUCGUCACGAAAACAAGCCUGUUAUACUCCUACCUUGAAGAGUCCACCUCAUGAGGAUUGAAUAAAAUUCUCAUCAUGACUAACACGUAGAAUAGUUGGAAAGAUUGUUUGUGGGAUGAUUUACCUCUAGGCUUGAACUGUAGGCUGUGUAGCAGGUGUCAAAAGGGGUAUAGGGAGAAAGGGAAAAAUGCAAGGGGAUUACUCCCUCUCCCCCUCUCCCUUCCCCUCACAAUUUUGCGCUUACCACGUAGGCUACUUGAACUCUUGUUACAUAUAUUGUCUUGCUUUUGGUGACUGAUUAUUUUGUCUUGUUUCCGUUCUAUUCAGGUGAUUGACACUCGCCCUAUUCCAGGAUUAGUGAUUUCUCCAAAAGAAGGUGUGGUUCCAGUAGGAGGUACAGCAGAAUUGAAGGUAUGGAAGUUGUUUUGCAAAAUGAACUGUUAUAAAACAAAGUACUUGGUACAUAAUACAUUUAUGACCAUUCAUUAAUCAUCAUGUUGAAAUAGGGUGAAGGUUGUCGCAAACAGUGAAAAAUGUUUCCUGGGCAAGACUGCACCUGAGGGCAGCCAUAGUAUAUAAUGUACAAGCAGCAGUCCGAUUAGGAUACCCGCUAUGUAUUUAGAACUUUAAUUUGGUGUCCAGAGAUCAGUGAAUUCCUUCUCUUUAUACGACUAGCGUUUUUAGGAAAAGGUAGACUGCAAGAGGUCAGUGAAAGAAUUCUCCCCUUUCGUUGAAUAUCUGAAUUUCAGGUGGAGUUUACACCCACCAGUAUCCACAAGUUUGAUACUCAUAUUCAAGUGAAUGUGCGAGGAUGGAAGACAAUUUCACUCAGAGUUGGUGGUACGAUAGAGCCUCCGUGUGUAGACAUUGAUAUGGUAUGUAAAGCUACUCUUCUCUUAAUUAACUUGUAGUUAUGUUGUCUCUAUGACAGCUGAGAGAUUUUAGAAAGCGACUUACAGUGUAUGGCUAACGUAGUCCAGUAUGACAUAUGUGGUCUACAACUAUGUCGUUUUAUUCAUUUCGUUUCGCAGAAUUCGUUUCAGUUUGGUGGAGUACAUUGUGGCGCUUUGGCAACGAUAAAGUUUAAACUUAGCAACAUGGUAAGGGUUUUAUUAUAUUGACUUAGUUCUCUGCCUCUUUGACACUUUUCCCUUUUUUGAUAAACUGUUUGUUGUUUAUUCCCAGACUCGCACUGAAGCUGACAUGGUGUUUGACUUGAGCAGAUACCUGGACUUUUCGCUUAAAUUUUUAGAUACUGACCUUGAAGGUAUUGUAUUCGUUUACCAAACAUUCAACACAACUAAAAACAUUAGCACCUGACAGUAUUCCAGAAGAAUAUGUAUUAGACGCUAGGAAAUUCCGAUGGGACUAACUUACAGAGGUAUACAAGAAUGGCUACGAGGAAGACUAACUUACAGAAGUCUUUCUUUAUAGUUUAUCUUGGCCAAAAAAGUAUGGCUUUUGCAGCCGUUAUAUUAGUGAGUUCACGCAAUACGACGGCACAAAGAAAAGGAUAACAGAGGUUUGUGCGUGACAAACGUGACGGGGUUAUUAAUUGCGCGUUUGUGUAUCCUGUUGCGUAAGUUCAUUAUUGUCUCUAGAUUCUCUGUCCGUUUAUCUUUUUUGGCGCUUUCACCAUCUGUACAUAAUGAAUUGAUCAAUGUUAAUUGCCUGACCACAUAAUUGACCACUCAUAGAAGUAUAGUUUUGGAUGAACAUACCAGCAGUGUUCUGUAACCCCGACUCCUCAUGGCUUACCAUCCCAAAAUAGCUUUUACUGUCAUAAGUGCUUUUUCUUCUCGACGACAAUAUAGUUCUUAUAAAACUGCGAUGUCAGACACUAUUAUUUUGUAUGAUUGUUUUGUUGCUGUAAAAAUUAGAUGAACCAGUUGAUGAUGGAAACGGUGUUUACCAGGUUUCUUUGAAGAGUCAACAAGUGAUGGAGUGUGCGCUGGAAUUUCAGCCUUCCGAGGUAUUUGUUUUAUACCCACGUUAGGAUCUUUACACAUGCACCAUAGAUCUAGUUCUGCUUUUUGCUUGUGUGGAUAAAAUGUUGCAGUCAGACCAUUGCAAAGCAGUGGGCUUUGUGGUAUUUUUUAUUCCUUCUCUACAACACUGGCUUACAGUGUUUUUAAGCCAGUUUGCUCAUCACAAUUCAUUAAUCCGAGAAACAAAGAGAAGCACAGGAUACUUUUUUUAUCAGUAUUAAUUUUUAUCAGUAUUAAACCUGGCCAGUGGUCCUGACCAGUGGUACUUGAUUGAAUUAUAACCCAUAUUACCAGUUUAAAUGCUGAAACCCUUCUUACCCCCAUGAAUUUAGUGGCAAAGCUCUCGUGCGCGCGCGCUGCGAAGGACCAUGGGUAAGGAAAAUUGGUUAUCUAAGAAUCCAAGGAACUUUAGUUUUGAACAAAAUCUCAGUAAUUCCGUACGCACGCCCACCCCUUCAUGAAAGCCGGGGAGAAAUUUUGCAUUUCAAGCACCCCUGCCUUUUGGAGGUAAAUCGCAUUGCCUCUCGGACUUUUAGAGAGAAAAACCCACACCAAAGCCGAGUCUUUUUUUCUCCGACUAAAUUUUAAUGUCUACAACGAGAACAGAGAAAGAGCUAGAACAAGAGUUAAAAAACAGAGGAGACGAAGAAAAACAUGACAAUUUUAUAUUGGCGGUGAGAAGAAAAGAAAUGCUAACGGAGGAGAAAAUGAGCGGCAGUAAAAAAAAAAGGCGAACAGGAACACAUACGACAUUUCUUCCAUAAAACGUGUAAUUAGGAAGUUUCACGUUGCAGUCGUGCAAAACAACAGCUAAGAAGUGUACAAAAAAGUGUGCUGUACGUUUAAAGUUGUUUUUUGGCUAAUUACCACUAUUGAUAUUUUUUUUUGCCGUUCUCGUAGUUGUCUCCAUUUAAUAACGCCUUUAUUUAUAAUUUUUGUCUUUUAUAAUUUUUUUCUGCCUAGAUUAGCGCUAUAGCUAUUUGCAGGGCAUAAAAUAUUGCAAGCUUUAUGGAUCUUGAAUAAAAUACAUUGUUGUUGUUGUUGUUGCAUUACACUAUUUUAUUUUUUGUUUGCGUAAUCUCUAAGCUUCGCUUUUAGUUCUGGCUAAAUCUAUACAUUGUUUUUAGCGAUAGUGAUAACUGUAACUACCAUUUUCUAGGUUGCCUCAUAUGAUUUUAUCAUACCUGUCAGCAUCAAUCACACAGUAGCACCUAGUCCAGCGCCAUCAACCUUUCCUCCUACUCCAGCCCCAUCCCAUAUGAACUGGACCAUCUCAGACCUCAUGACUCCUGUCCCGUCUGUGGUGGGCGUGGCAACUCCAAGUCGUCGUGUAGUGGCAACAGCUCUUCGUCCUCCACUGCAGUUGUCACACACUGUUCUCGAGUUCCGUCUUCCGUCUGGUUAUUUUGAGCUUGGCAUUGAGUCAGGGGCUGGGCGAGCUCAGGUAAACCUAGAGAAGGUUUCCUUUUGGCUUUUGCAAUACCCCUUGCAGUUUUCAAAGAACCUCCUCAGGAUCUAUUUGGUUUACUCGAAAAUGCUAAAAUAAACGUUGAUGGUUAUCGAUAAUUUUUGGGGGGUUGCAUGCCUUUAAAAUUUGUUUUGUAUUUGGCUAGGGUGCUGUAUACAAUUUGUUGAAACAGAAUUUUGGUACAUUGCUUUACUAUAAAGUGAGAACGAGAAAAUGUCCCCGGCUUUGUAGUACUGAAUCGUUUGUUGUCUGAAAUACAAUGACCUCACGUCGUGGCCGGUAUCUUCAUGUCCAAAGUAACCACAACCAGUCGUAAGUCUUGGCUUUCUUAACCUUGAACUAUAGCUAAUACAGACAAACACGCUUCCUUCCGUUCUUUCCACAGGGAUGUUUAUUUGUGAACAACAGUGAUCAGACAUUGUCAUGGACACUUCACACUAAAGCUGCUGGCCCUUACCUGGAUGAUGGCACCUUUAGAUUUCUUCACAGGACUGGCUCACCAUUCACUCCAUCCUCCGCAGGAAAGAAAAGUGUUAUUCCUGAUAUAACCUUGGACAGUGGGGAGACCUUUCAGCUGGGAGUACUCUUCACCCCACGUGAGUGUGUUUUCCAUAUAACUUUCUCGCAUUGAAAGUCUUCGUGCGCGCAUGGUGUUCCUAUGAAGUGACUGUGUGGAAACCCUUUUGCUUAAUUCACGAGGUUCACAGUACGUUUUUUUCGGUGGCGUGGGCUUUUUUGUGAUUGUAAAUAUUCCACCAUUUUGCAAAAUUCUUGGUGCACACUCUGAUUACAAUAAUAACUAAUCGGUUUUUGGAAAUUUACCGGCCGUCUCUCUUCUAUGAAAUCGUUGACACAAUUCAGGCUCAGAGUGUUUUCAAGUGUUUAAAAAAACUUACAAGUUGGUUUUCCCCGUGAUUAGCUUAAAUUCUUAGGCUUCUGAGAAACUGCCCCCCUGCCCCUCCCCUAAACUAACAUUUUGCCCCAAGUCAGAGGUUAAGUGUUAAUCGUGGCUUAGGAGAGGGUAGGUGGGCAGUUUCCUAGAAACCUAAAUUGAUCACAAAUGUUGUAUCUCUUCGCUGGACACUGAAUGAAGAAUUAGUUAUGUACAGAUUACGUUUUCAGAGGAUUUGAAAGGACUACGUUUCAAAAAAAUUUCUCAGCCUGGUGAAAUUUUUUUUUCACUUUGAUUAAAAACUGUGCGAUUAUUGUUAUCACAGAGCACCCUGGAAUGUUUGUGGCACAUAUACCAGUGAUCUUAAAUGGUAACCGUGACUGCACUUACCGUACCCUUACCCUCAAGGGAGAACUUCUGGCACCCAAUCUCAAGUUUGAUCCUGAGUGUCUACGGUUAACACCUGUACCACUUGGGACACCAGUCUCUGUUAACUUCAACAUCAUCGCUAGAGGGUACAGAAGGUACGUAUCGAACAUCUUCUGUUUUUCCUUUGAUGUUAGCGUACUCAAUCAGUUUACUGAAUUAAGUCUGGUCCAUAACAAUAGAACAAGAUCUAUUCCGACUCUUAAUCAUUUUAUUAUUUAACUUAUUUCAUAAGUUUAGAUUAUGUAGUUAUAUCUUGUAUUUUACAAAUUUUAGUAUUAUCGAUUUAAUUAUUAUUAUUAGUAGUAGUAGUGGUCUUAUUAUUAUUAUUAUUAUUGUUUUUGUUGUUGUUGUUAGUAUUUUAGAGGGCCACAAGUACAUUAGCUUUGCCUUUUUAGUUUUACCCUUUUAGAUAAAGUCUUUAUCUAUCUUCCCUAAUGAAUCUUUUCAUAUUUAAAAGUUCUCUUAGGCCCUUUUCAUGGGGAUCGGUACUCAAAUUUUGCACUCUACUCCUUACGCAAUAAAGAAAGUAUUUUCGGAAAAAAUACUACUGGAUUUCUCGCAAUCAGAACUUGGUUAUCUCCCCUGUCUUGAGUUGUUCUCUAGUCUCUCUUCUUAAUCGCACCGUUAUCUUGAUUUACUUACUUUGUUUUAUGUUAUGGUAAUCUAUUGAAAUUGAAUUUUAAUUGUCGCCCUUGUUGUCUAGCCCAUUGUUCUCGAACCAUGUAAUGCAAAUAUGCCGUCUUUCCUUCCCACGCCUCGAUCAGUUCCUUAGCUAUUUACGGGUGGGAAAAUUAUGUAAUUAUGAACAGUUGAGUUUCCAAAAAAAGGGAUUGUUGUUGUUGGAACUUCCAAUAAAAGAACUUUGAGCUUUGCCUCUCUAACUGCAUCAGGAUAAGCUCAGUCAAAAGUGCGCUUGACUGCAGAGCGGGAGGUCGCGGGCUCGAUUUCCGGGACCGGGCCAAUACCCAGGGUCUCAAAAUAACUGAGAAAUGAAGGUACUUCCUUUGCCCUGCAAACGGCUAGACCUUCGCGUGGCUCGGAUAAAUCCGUAAAAUGGCGGUCCCUUCUCCAGGAGGAGACGUAAAAAUAGUGUCCUGAAUUACUACUUUAGCAGCUGAAAACAUCAACACUUCAAUAAUGUAUUUAUUUUUUUGGUAGUUUUCCGAAAGGGAUACCCACCUAACGGGGGAUACCAGGUAGCCUGAUGGUAAACAGUCCUCUUUUUUUUCCCCAGGGCGUCCGUAUUGGAUUUUGAAAUCCCCGAGGUGGAGCUUGAAGAUGGUAGUUUGCAGUCUGUAUUGAAAGUGUCUCUUCCAAAUGGACAGUCUAUUCAGCCCUGUUGCACUGAUGACGAUAAAGGGGAACCUUUUGUGAUUCCCUGCACUGUUACAUUUCAGUCCUCCAGUCCUGUUUCUUUUACCGCCUCUAUAAUCUUCACUGAUGGAAAGGAAAAGUAAGACGAAUGUUGUUACUUUGAGUGCAUUCGAGGAUUUGCAAAACUAUUCUCGUGGACAGCGGUUUGCGGUUUUAAAUGUGUGUUUGAUUAUUUAUUUUUCAUCUUCAAAUUGCAAAUUCUGCGUCAAAUCUGCACUAACUCAUUUUUCGAGAACAUUGAAUGUUGUGUUUGAAUUUUUGUUUGUUUCACUUUUUGACCUGUAUUUCGAAUUUUACUCCAAGUUUCUUUUGUCCCUGUAAUCAGGAUCAACGCCGUCAUCUGCGAGGCCCUCUGCCGCCCUGGCCCCCACCCCCACCCCCCUCUCCGCAAGAGUCUGUGCAUUAAUGUGCAUCAUCAUACUGAGUUCAAUAUAGAAUAUAAAGCAGUGUUUAAACUGUUUGAAUUUUUUGUUCUUUGUAGAUAUGAGCUGCCAGUAACUGCCACAGCCGACAACUGUCUAUUCUCUUGUUAUCCAUUUUUGGCUGCACACCAGAGUGACUUUCACAUUGUCUGCGAACAAAAAGGAAUAUCAAUUAUUGAUAAACAACUUGAAACAGAAGACUUCCCUCCUGGGGAAGCAGUUUUUAUGCCUUGCGUCACUCCUAAUCGUGCCCCCACAGUUGCAUCAACAAGCGCUACUAGUACUAGCUUUGGUAUCAGCACAUCUACUUAUCCUGAGUCCAGCAAUGAGGCUACAUCUUCAACCUACCCCUCCACGCCCCAUCACGGUGACUCUCAGCAAGGGGGCCCUGGUCGAUUAGUAUCGGGUGGCUCAGAUGGUAAUGGUACGUUUGUUAUGGUCCCUGGAAUGGAGAGUGAUGAGAGAAAGUUCAUACGAAAAGCAGUUACCGCAAUGCAAAGGUGAGAGAUUUUCAGAUUUAAAACAAAGUCCUGGAUUAGUGCCAAAGGCAAAAAUGAAAAAACCGCCGUAGUAGCAAUUGAUGUGCAAAGAGGAGCAACGUUCACACACAGUUGUGUCCCAUAAUUCAGUGUGAAGCCUUUUGGCGUAAGAAAAAAUGAAUAAUCGUUCGGAUUGUUACAAUGUAGAAAGUGAAAGUGAAGAAUGAUCAUCGCAGUAAAUUUUCCAAUUUAAGCAAUUGGAAAGAAGAAGCCUGAAAAAAAAAAUCAGGGCUUUAACGGGAUUCGAACCCGUGACCUCCGCGUUGCCGGUGCGUUGCAUAUACUUCACAAUAUAGAAAGUGUUGGGGUGUUCGGCUGCAAUUUGCGUUUUGUAGUUGUUACCUAUAAGGCUAAGAGAGAUUCCCCUCACAAACUCCCUUGCGCGCCCCGUUGUGAAUCUCAUAUUACUUUCAAGCACCUGCUACGCAAGUUACUUCUAACAGUAAAGUGCCGUAAUUUUAAAUGGCAGAUGUCAGCUAUUUAUUUACUGCUGAAUUUCCUUUUUUUUUUUUUUAAUCCCAGGUAUAUUUCGUCGCAAGGCUGGGCUGGAGGUCCCUAUCCAAUAUCCAUCCCAAAGUCCCUACGAUCAGCUCUCCAGGACACAAGCGACCCACAGGCGGGUGGUACAGGGGCUGCACGCACCUCCAACUGGGAUAACAAUUCCAAGAAAGAGGCUAGAUCAGUAUUUGAUCUUGUUGGCCAUCUGUGUGGGAGGCCUGUGCCAGGAAUUCCUUUAGCCUCCACUCUACCAUUGUGUCCUAUUGACCGCGUUCGUCAGAUUCACUGGAUGUACUGUACACUACUUACCUUCUUAAGGUGUGUGGGUCUCACUCGUGUGUUGUCUUAUCAGCGUUACCCGCGGACAAGGGACGUGGAAAAGUCAGGAGAUUUUCUCUUAAAGAGGGAAAAAACGUAGUUAUUGUCAAACUCAGUGACGAUUCGGGAAUUCUCUUUUUAAUUGCCAUGGGGUUUUGUAAAAACUACAAAAAUAGAAAACGUUUCUUAGUUGAUCUGCUUUGAUCAUUGCAAUCUCAUAAAAAAUCCAAAUCUCUUGAUCAUGAAGAGAACGAAAAUGAAGCCUAUAGGGAGUUCGGGAAUUUUGGGGCUUUUCAUCUAUCCUGCUACACCUCGGUUUUACUCUCGUUUAACAAACAAGUCACAAAACGCAGAGGAACAAGUUUAAACAAUUUCAAACUAAUCAAAUAUUUCGUUCGAAUUGAUCGUUGUUCAUCAGCGUCUUAAAAUGAGGUUACACAAUAGAAAGGUUGUUACGUUUUCCCAGGAGGCGAUUGGAAAAAAAUGACCGGGAGGUCAGCUUUUUCCCUAUUCCUUCGUCCUAUUCCUCCCUUCUCUUCGUUAACAUGUAUACUUCAAAGGUCUCAACUUUUUGACGUCCAAAGAAUUAACAUGGGUGCAAUGUUUGCUCGAAAACUUGAUGGUAAUGCGCAGUAUAUUCAACUCGUUUUUGAGCUGAAGCCUAUACCGCGAAGCCCGUUUCCUCGAAAGAUGGUUAAGUUUAACCGAGGUUUAAGCCAAAUUUUAACAAAGGUUUUCGUGUCUAAGAACAUGUCACUCGAGCUUACAAAAUACUGUUUUGUCUUUUCUCCGAGACUCAAUGAUGAUAACACAAAAUGUUACUCUAAGCAAUGCAUAGGAAGGUAAAUACAAAAAUGGUACAAAAUUUUCAGGAACGGAGACCUCAGGUGUAAAUACACUGUUGAUUGGAAAGUGAUGAAUGUUUUUUAUCAAUGCAGAUAGUUAUUUCUGUUAAAUGCUAUUUCUAAUGCGUAAGGUCUCGGUUUUAAAACGAACAGGAGUCAAGGAGCUAUGCUGUCACAUGUCAAACCAGAGGACUUGCUGGACGCUUCCGAUUAUCGGCGCUGGAAGAAACUUCAGAGAAACCUCCAAGGCUCGGACGGAGAGGACCUUCAUCUUGACAGCAGCUCAAGUGAAUUGGAAGAAGUUGAGUUUGAGGCAAGGUCUGCCCAGGCUUGGACCCACAUCCUAUCUCAGCUAGUAAAGGUAAUGCCAAAAAAUUAUGAUUAAACCUUUGCCACACUGCAGUGAACGAAGGCACCAACUCCAUGCUCGCGGUAACAAAAUACAGUGAUUUGCUCUCUCCUCCGCAGAGGACUCUUUAUGUCGUAGGGAGGUAGGGAGGUGGAAAGAGAAGAAGAGAGGUCUCUGUCCUUUUCCUCUUCGUUCCACUCCCGCUUAGUGUUUUUUUAAAUUUUUGUUGGAAAGGCAACUGGAACCUCUGCGGAAAGUCUAUGCACGCGAGUUUUCUAUAAUUUUUGAACAUAUUUGAACCUAUUUCAUUUGCGAGCAUACUUUCCAAAAUGUCUGCUUCUGUCAAGUUUUCUGGAGGUUUUCGAUGGCAUAGGAGGGGAGGGGGGGGGGGCAGAUAUUUUUAUCAUUGACCAGAUUUUUAACAAUCAUAAAAAUCAGAUUAGUAUUGAGAGUGCAAACGUUCACAAGAUUGUCCGCUCAUGUGCACACAGACCCUGAUGGUUUCGCUAUGUUUUGAGCUGUGUAGACAUCCUCAGAGCUUUCAAAUGUCAUUCAAGUUGGGGUUGUUUAAUUUUUUGGAUGUCAAAAGGUUGUCGUCUUCCUUGAACUUAAUGGAAUUAAUCUGGUGUAUACCUGCUGUAUUGGAGGAGAUGGUGGCAACCAUUUCUGUUUUAUAUUUCAACAAUCAGCGUUUAUAGCAGAGUUUUAUUUCAUGGGUUUUUAUUAGCCCUUACAGUAUAAAGUGGGAACCAUGGAUUGAAUGAGGCCGUAAUGAGGCCGUAAACAGCACAACGGUGGACGAAGUGGCGAUUGAAAAUGUGCUAACUACGUCAUAUUCCUAUAUUUUAUGAUAGGUCUUGAUACUGAGUCGUAUCACCCCACAUCAGUUCAAAAAGCUCCCGAUACCCAACAAGAACUCUCCUUUGCCGGACAUUAACCCUGAUCCGCUGACCAGCAAUGUUUACAGCGUGGGUGAGAGGAUCAUGUUAGCGUGGAUUAAUCAUCAUUACAACGUUCAGAGAAAGAUUAACUGGCCUGGAGCUAUCGGUGGUAAGUAACAUAACUUACUGCAGAUGUGGGAGCUAUGUCUUGAGGCUUUUGCUGUUAAGGUCGAUUUAGUGCUGAAGAAAUUACUUAGUUCCUUUACGCACACACAUGCAUACUGAAUGCAGAUUUAGGAAUAUAGUUAGCUCUUACAUUGUCUUGUUUUUAUGAAAAACCAUCGCUAAAUGCAAAACAAGUUUCAAUUCAUUUUAUUAUAGAAGCCUCUCGCUUACUUGUUUUUCAGGUUCCAGUCCCCCUUGUCGUUGGAUCGUUAACUUUGAUUUUGAUUUCAUGGAUGGACUGGUACUAGCUGCCCUUGUAAGCGCGCAUGUCCCGUUUGUGGUAAGAUUCUUUUUGCACUUCUUACUCUUGAGUACUGGGUAUAGCAAUGCGAACUAUUUACAAAAAUUGUUUUUCAUUCAAAUGUGACGAAUGAAACGAAAAAAUCUUUUGUUUCAAGAACCCUUCCGCUCAGUCUUGUUGGCCUUAAUAUCACUACAGCCCGUAGGUAACGUCAGCCUAAGUGUCGCCAUAAUAUCGCGAUAUCACAGUGGCCAGAUCUUGUUAAUAGCUGUUCUGACGGUGUUGUCAGAUUUUCAAUUCGUUUGUAUACAUAACGUUUCCCUUAAAACGGGGGCAAUGAUAAGACCCAACAAUUUUGACUAGUACGCUAUGCCAUAGUAAGUCGUUUCAGUCGCUUUCUUCAGAAUAAUGGCCUUUUCUGAAGAUACACUUGGAGACCAAUGCAAAAUAGGGUGAAAAAAUGUAAGCAAUGUAUACAAGGAAUAAAUAUGAGUAAAAGAUCAACUGCUCAAUUUGGCUUGCAUACCAAAGUUUUGCUAUGUCUAAAUGUAUAUAAAUUCCUCUCAGAAGCACAUAACCUUAAAUGUCCAUACAAAGACACUUGAAUUUACUAAAUGCUUAACAACAGGUUUAACAAACGCACUUAUUGGAGUUUCAAUGUAUUAAGUACGAAAGUACCAAUUGGGGUCGAUAUUGUUACUUCCCCAUCUGGAGACGGGACAGCCAUUUACGUGGUCAUCUGAGCAACACGAAGGUCUAGCCAUAUGUAAGGCAAAGGCAGUACCUUCAUUUCUGAGUUAUUUUAAGAGCCUGAGUCUUAAUCCGGCCGAGGGAAUCUAACGGGCGAUUCCCCGCGCUGCAAUCGAGCGCUCGAGCUAAUCCUGUCUCAGUUGAAAAGAAUAGCGAGUAAAAACCAUAUUUAUGUAGUGCUUGGCAGCGGAAGAAGAUCAGUUUUCAUCUUUAAAUUCAUUCUGUUUUCAUCUUUGAAUUUGUCUGCCUAGGGGAAUCUAAGCCUGUAAUUAACAAAUCGGAGAUUGUUAUGGUCGGUGCCGUGGUUUUCUUUUUUCAGAUUUCGACUCAUCUUCAUUCAAUGUAUACUCGUCCCAGCAAAGCAGAGCAGUGUCUUCAUAACGUACUGAAGGUUGUUGAGGCUCUCAGACACAUUGGCGUUGAUUACGACAUACAGGUUAGCAUUACCGAAAAACUCUGCUGAUUAUUCUUGCUUAUUCUAGCCCCAUUAUUUCUACUCGAAAACAAAGAACAAGCAAAGAAAAAACAUAGCAAAUAUGCGUAUCAGCGGCUUGCCAGUUUGUUUUGUCUAUAAUGCCAAUUACGCAACCUUAUUUGGUAUAAACUGUUUGUCCAUAUUCCUCCUUUUGAAUUUUCUGUGUUAUUUACACCUUUUUUAAUGUUUGGAGGGAUCAAUUUAGCUAGGUUUCUGGGAAACUGCCCACCUACCCCUCCCCUAAGUCAACAUUAACACUUACUUCUCUCUUAGGGCAAAAUGUUGGAUUAGGGAAGGGGUAGGUGGGCAGUUUCCCAGAAGCCUUAAUUGAUCUCCCUUCCCUGCUUCCUUUACAGAAUUCUUUUGUUCAGGAUUACGUUGUUCUUCUCCUUAAGGAUAUUUUCAUUAUUGAUGAUGAUUAUAUUUUAUUAUUUUUGUACCAGCCAACAGACCUGACGGAACCAAACCCGAUCACACUCCUGUUGUUAUGCAUUCAUCUUUACCAGCGGCUCCCUCACUAUCUGCCACGCGCAACUGUCAAAUUUGAAGGCCCUCUCCAUGGCACAGUGACGAAACAUGUAGGGUUUGAUUUUUGUUUAUUUCGGCGUAUUCAGUUGUCGUCACAUUUGAUCGGUUUUUUUAUCAUCAUCAGUCCAUAAUCCCUAGCUUUUUUGUAUUUUUAGCCUUGUCUUGUUUAUUCUAAAGAAGAUGUAAUCCAUUCCACGCUAUUUUUUUCUGAAUGGUGGAGUCCCUAAGAAAUCAAAUUGACGCAAAUGGGAUGCCGCACUCUUUUUAUUUUUCGACCUUUAGCACUAUAGACCAUACAAAAGCAGAGGAUAUUUCGCGUACUAUUUUUGAAAGAAACGCAGGCAAAAAGGUUAUAACAAGGUUAAAAUUUUAAAGGUUUGUUUGUAAUGGAAGUGCAGGCACUCCAUUCAAACAAUUAGAAACAAGCGAAUAGAUCAUAACAGGAUUAAAAACCUUACCUGCCAGAAGGCAACCAGUUGGCUAUUUACAAGCAUGGCCGAGGAUUUGAAUUCGAGACAACCGAGAACAAAUCCAUCAAAUGACCAGAGCGGGACUCGAACCCUGGACCGCUGCCUCCGAAAUAAAGUACGUAUAUUACCUAUUGGUAAAAUAACACAUGCACUCUCGAGCCCUGUUUGCUUUCUUUCCAAAGGUUCGUCUUCAAAACCCUAGUACUAAACCGCUUGUGUACCAGGUGCUUUUGGCGGGAGAAGACGCGGUGGACUUCCACCUUCCUAUGGGCGAAACCAUACAGGUGAGUUACUGAAUAAAAUAGGACGCGAUAAAAGAACGGCGUAGGUCUCCUUUUGGUGCAGAUUUUUCAACCCAUCACCCGGGUCUUGACAUCUUUCGUGAGUUACUGAGUAAAAGAGGACGCGAUGAAAGAAUGGCGUAGGUCUCCCAGAUUUUUCAACCCAUGGCCGGGUCUGACAUCUUUCGUCAACUUUAAAUGUCAAUUCGAUUUUAUAGCCAUUACUUUUUGAUUUAAAUAAAGAUACUUGUCAUCUUAUUUUAAGCAGAUGUAAAUUAAUCCUGAAAAAAAAAACAGGACUUCAAGGGAUUGGAACCCAUAGCCUUUGCGUAAGCGUACGGUGCUCUACCAAUUGAGCUAUGAAUACCCAUACAUUGGGAGCAGGCCAGUUUGUUGAGUUCAACUUAACCUGUGUAAGGAAAGUAAAAUAGAAUGAAGAUGAUUUGAACUGUGGGAAUACAAAUCUAACUAAAGGCGUGACCAUUGUAGUUAUUGACACUUAUGUUAACACUCAGCUGCAAAGGAAGGGAUUGAAUGACUCUGGCGCGGAAAAUUGCCGAUAAACUGCAUCAACAUUUGAGUAGAGUCGAGGCCUCGCUUUCCAAAUCGCCGGAGUAUAACAGACGGACCUUUUAUUCAUUAAGGUUCAGUAAUUUGUGUGCUAACUUCGUGUUUUAGGUGCCGUCUAAAGGUAACCUUCAGAUGCCAGUGGAGUUCAAAAGUCGUUUUCUCAGACCAUGCAAUGGAACAUUGGUUCUUGUCGGAAAACGUGAAGGAACCCCUUGCGGAAACACUCUUGUUUUUAGUUUAGAAACUUGCAUUACCAACAUUGUACCAGUGGUAAGUAACCUUAAAAACUUGCAUUACCAACAUUGUAGCGGUGGUAAGUAGCCUUAGUAAUGAAAUCCUAACCAAUUGUGUGAUCUGCUGCCCACAAGUCGACUUAAUGGACACCUUUAAGGGAUACCUCUAUAAACACCUAGAGUUGGUCCUUGUUGUUCUGCAUCUUUAGAUUGAAGAUAAUCAAUAGUUGCAGGGGACAAGCGAAGCCCGCAGACUAUUCUUGGUCAGCGGCACUUUAUAAACUGUACGGCGAGAUUUUUUCAAAAUCUUUUCACGUUCUUGGAAUGCCCGUGUUUAAAUUUUCGCCUGCACUUCCUAAAGUUUGUUUACUGCCAGUUUAAAAGGUUUCAUCUUUUUAGGGGAUCAUAUAUAUGUCUCGUAAGUAUCAAAAAAACGGAUGAGACAUGCGUAUAAACAUUGGUUAGAAAAAUUUACUAAUUUAGGUGUUUUUUUAGGCAACCAUCAAAAGUGAAUCACCGUGCUAUGAACUUCAGAAAGUGAGUUUUGAUGUUAGCAAUCCGUUUCCGCUGACUGGCGAGUUCCGCAUCGUGUUGGUGGAAGCUCGAAAUGCGUUUCCAGGCCCCUCGCCGCCAAAGGCGAAAACGUCAAGGUCAAACAAGAAUCUCAAGGCGGUGGAAUCAAGAACAGAUCACGGGUAACUAAUGAUACUGCUAGCAGAAUAGUAAUAAUACUAAUACUACUUGAUUAUCCUCUCCUCUCAUGGGCCUUUUCAGGGAUAAUGAUCCAAUAAUUCAAAUAAUAUGGUUAAGAAUCCCAACUGGUAGGAGGUGAACUAGUUGUCUAUUUUACAAGCGUGGCUGAGGAUUUGAACUCGGCACUACCGUGAACAAAUCCAGCAAGUCACCAGAGCGGGACUCGGACUCGGGGCCUCCGGUAUACAAGUCCGGCGCUCUAACCGCUCGGUCAAGGUGCCUCUACAGAAUAACUGACUUCUCUGUAGGUUGCACUGUUUUCAAAAAUUAACUGUAGACUGUAAGCCAAUGAGAAGACAGAUAGUGAGUACAAUGUAUGAUUGUUGUUCUAAGUUGUUGGUGGUGCCAGUAUCAUGGUAGUAUUACGAUUCCUUGGAUGGGAUAUCAGUGCACUGAAGGGUCACCCCAGUAUUAUGUCGCCGGUAGCAAUUUAUAUAAAAACACACACACACACACACGAUAGAAACAGUGAGAAAAAUACAACACUGAACUGAAUGUACCUACCAAAUUCACCUUGCCUGCAAAGCCUUACUCGACAAGACUUUUCAUGAAUCAAGGAAGAUCUUUGUUGAGCUUGCCCUGUUUGUUACUAGGAUUUAGUCUCGAGCUAGGGCCUUAAAGCCGUGACCUUGAUUCAGCAGGCUCAGUUAUGAACGUCCGUUUAUCAAUACAUUAAUCGGCUCGCACUCGAAAAACCAGUUUCACAAGAGAAAAAAAGAUUGACUAGUCGAGAGGUUCGCGCUGCAGUGCGGCGACUGCAACGACUCGACGCGCUUCAGGCAGAGCGUUCUUUUUUCCUUCUUGAGUAUCAAGAAGAGUGCAAAGGAUGGCAAGCCCCAACCCCCUUUCCGCCUUGUGCACUGACACUCCAAUACCUCCAAACUACACUUUCCUUGAGUUUUCACUCCUCUCUUAAAUCUUGUUUGUCGGUAGGCAAUUGAAGAGAUCUCCCAGGCGAGAGUUUCCCCCAAAGGUAGAAAAACAAAGGACAGAGUCAGAUGAAGGUCGGUUGACAACGAAUUUCGGUCAUAUUUUGUGGUGUUGAGUUUUGAAAUAAUCUGAUAAUGAGUCUUGACUAUUUUUACCUGCACUUUAAAGUGCGCGGCUUUAUUAAGGAGCGAAUACUUCGCCCAAAAAGUAAAUUUGCGCUAUUUCAAGUUCCAACUGUUUUAAUUUGUCAAAUGUUGACGUUAGUUUUCUUUUCAGGAAAUGAAUUCUAAAGGAACGUAUAUAAGUUCACGAAAAGAAAAAGUAAAUCGUUUUGUUGUGCUCACCUCCUCCAUAAAACGUAAAAUUAGGAAGUUAUACGUCGCAGUCGUGCAACUACGGCAAAGAAAUCUUUGCUAUACGCCGCCGUCGUCGUUGCCUAAGCUCCCUAUUGUCUCCUCUCAAUACCUGUGUUUAACGCAUUGGCCUAAGACUGACGUUCCUUUAUCAGAGACCGGUGUUUCUUUGAGUUUUCUCUCAUUAUUUUGCAGUUUGAUUUGGUUUCUUGGAGUCAUUUUGACUCUACUAAUGUCAUUUCCCGUUAUUUUUUGCGGACACCCUCAAUCGACUGUCCCUAAUAUAAUAGCGAGUGUCUGUAACUAGAUGAUAAAAAACGUACAAAACAAAUCCUGCUGCUGCCAAAAUGCCACUCCUUGUCAGUGAAAACGAGAUUUAGGACAAUACAAUUGUGCUUUUGGGCCGUACGUCCAUAAUAAUGGGAGUUAGUUUCUGUCGAACGUCAGUAACUUCUGGCGGGAAUUGCAGCCGCUGUCGGUAUUAGCGGGGUGUCCUUCUCUCAAAAGAAAGGUGUCCACCAUACAAGAGUUGAUUGUAUCAGUAAUUAAAAGUUGUUUUAUCAUUCAGCUCCUCCAGCUCCUCUGCUGAGCGCCUUCUGGUCUCCUUCCAAGACUAUUCAUCUUGAAGCCAACAGCACUGGAACAGUAGAAAUCCACUUCCUGCCUUUUGACAUCGGCCACAGACAAUGUUCAAUUCUUUUCAUUAACGAUCUAAUUGGCGAGUUUCUUUACUGCAUCGAGGCAAACGCCACUCUCCCUCUCCCCUCCCCCAUGCCAGUAGCAGAUUCCCCCCACAGUGUACGAAUCAGCAGUGCAGCGGCUGCCCGGACUGGCCGGGGGUUGUUUGGUGGGGAUGAGAGAGUGGUGUACUGGAAGUGUGAGCAUGACGAGUCCUUCACAGAAGACCUGUAUAUUCCAGUGGUUAAUGAAGCAAGAGAAAAUGCUCUGGGUAAGGUGGUUAUAACUUAAAAUAUGUAUUUUCUUCGAUAAACCAAAAUUUCAAAAUGUAACUCUUUGUGUUCGUUGGUAUCAUAGUAUAAUAUCGUUUGAUAAAACGUCCUGUGAUGUUCUGGCCGAUUAAGACCAUCCAGGCUGAAAUUUGGCUAGUUGAGCACCGUAUAUGUGAGAGCCACCCUCAGUUCUACGAGGCUGAAGAAUCAUUUAAGCCGGGCUUUCGCCGAAAAUCAGGGGUUACAUCGCGGUUUUUCGUGGCGAGAAGUGAAAACAGGAUCUUAAACUCAAUCCAGUUUUACUAAGAAAAACUUGAUUAUAUUAAAACGUGAGGAGACGAAAAACGACAUCCUGAGGAGGCCUUAUUCGGGUUGGUAGGAAAUGUUGUUUGAAUUUGGAUGCCAGUUGAAGAACAAUAUUAAGCAAAUGACCGAAUUAAGUGUGAAGUUUAAGUUAAUCUCAUCUCUCUCUCUCAUUCAUUUCAAGCUAUCGCCGCUCAACAGCGCAUGUCAGAACGCGAACUUCAGCGACGGAAGCUGACAGGAACACUGGCCAGUUGCACUGUCACAGCAAGUGUAGCCGCGCUUGGCCUGGGAGGAGACAGAUUCGUACACGCCGCUGACAGCAGCACGAGAGAGUCCCUCGAGAAGGAGGUCACUGAAUUCUAUACAGAGCUUAGCUCCAAGUUCUUCCAGGCUCCUACUCAGAUCAUUAUUCCAACCAGCGCUAACAGAAAGAACGGUUAGAUUUGUGGUUGAAACUCUUAAUUAAUUAUUCGUUGAAUAAAAUAAAUUAUUAAAUCCAGCCCAAAGAACCCGAGGUAGGUUAUCUCGAGAUACCUCGAGGUAUUUCCAGUCUUCUACGUUAAAUAGCCGAAAGCAUGGAAAAAUUCACGGACUUACAUACUCGGUGACAGGACUGGCUCCUUAAAAGAAGCUAGUAACCUCAAAUUAGAGGUUGGUACUUUCGCCAACAUGCCUAAAUAUCUUGCAAAACAAUAUGCUUUCAGAAAGUUGAUUUGAUUUUCUUUUUGUUAUUGUUUCAGCUGAGCUGACCUCCACAGCUCUCAAGUCGUUGAAGAACUCAAUCCCACUAUCCGUCACUUUCCAGCCCAAAGGACCUGGGCACUACCCGUGUCAAAUUAUUCUUAAGUCUGCGCAUGAUCUGAGAGUGUACCAGGUGGAAUGUACAGUAACUCCCGAGGGCUCAGCUCUUGAACUGGAAUUUGUGUCACCCACGCAUCAGUCAGUUACUCAAGACAUACCUGUGGUAAAUAUCAUUUCUUAUUCAUUCAUCGUAUUUAAAAAGGAAAAGUUGACUCGUUUAACUGUCUCUUCAUUCAGUGCAAAAGUUUUAUAAUUGUACCGUCAAGCCAGUUACCCACUAAGGCAGCGUGCAAAGAAAGUCGUGUCCGAUAGCCCGGGGCUGGUGGAUUUUGCUAUCGGGCUAGUGAAUUCCGUUUUUAACUUGCCCGACGGGCAAGUAAUGUUUUUUGAGGAAUUCGAAUAACAGAAGAACUAUGAAAUCAAUUCUGCUAGUCAAAAAAUUUUGGGGGCUAGUUGAAAUGACAUCUGGGCUAGUAAAUGCAAGCCUCAGCUUGCCCGAAUGGCAAGCUGUAAAAAUGAUUUUCUUUGCACCCUGCCACUAAGACAUAGACCUAAAAUAACAAAACUAUCAUAUUCUCUCUGAGAGUUUUUCCUGUUCACCCGCCACCUAUUGAACGGAUAUUUAGGCUGAUUUAGCAACAGAACGGGAACGUCAUUUGACGACGGGAAAGUGCGCGGUAAGGACUAAACUCGACUUCCGGUGCCCAAUUUACCGCUGUGCCGUUGGUCAAGCCAGUUGUUUGAUUUGCGCUCGCCGUCGUCAACUGACGUUCCCGUUCUGUUGCUAAAUCAGUCUUUUAUCGCUCUUCUGACCCACGUGCACCGAACGCCACCUCUUAUGGAUCAAUAUCGAUAUAAUAAAAGUCAUACUGGGCUCUGAGGCCUAAAUUUGCUACAAGUCAUCAUGUGUAAGGAAUGAUAACUUGCUGGGCCAUCGUCCAGAAUGACGUGACAUAUCCUGGAACUUUAUGCGCAAUCCUAGCGCCAGACUUCAAAAGAUAACCAGCGAGCCGAAAUCAAAAGAAAUAAAGAGAAAACAGACAAAAACUGGCUCUGACUCUCGCUAAGCGGCAAAGUUGGUGAGGUGAAACAUGUUUGUUGCAGAGAAGCGUAAGAUUAUAUUGUACUCAUUUCUUUUAGGUUAACCAAAGUAAUCAAGAUUGGCAUUUGGCGGCUACCAUAGAGGGGGAGGGUUUUUACGGACCUCCUGUUAUGGUAGCCAAAUCACACCUCUCCACCCACUACCCCCUGAUGUUUAGACCUUCCUACGAGGGAAACGUAGAGGUGAGUGCUUGCUUGUUGAGUAAGAACGGAUCUUUGAGGGUGGAGAGGGUGACGUCUUUGGACUACUUCCUGUCGCCUCUCAGUAUCCCCCACCCCUUGAUGUUACCGAACUUAAACAACGAGAACAUUGACGUUCAUGAUGUUAAAAAAGAAAACAAGAAGAAGUUAAUCGUUUCCCUCUUACAGUGGUGUGACUGGAUAAAGUCAUACUACAGGAGUUAAGUAAAGCUGUUGUUGUUGUUGUUGUUUUUUCAAUCUGUUUUGUCAGACAGAGGCGUUCAUUCAAGAGCAAAACAAACCUCCGGUUGCUAUUUAUGAAGUCCUGGAUGUCAGCGUUUUCGGGAUAAAGCUCCCUAUUAAUAUUUAAAAACCUCAAUUUGACGAUGUGUAGAAGAUUUAACGACUAUUAUUCAAUCAAGUUUGCUAAGUUUUCCAUAAGAAUAAUACGGGCUCCAUACACACUCCAUAUAUCACUUUUGAUAUUUACUUCAGGGUCCGCAAUUGGGCUUUGCUAAGUUUGAAAGUUUUGAUAUCUAUGCGUUUGUCUCAUCAUUCAGGGAAGGCUGGUUCUGACGAACACAGUAGAUGGUACGGAACAGGUCUAUAAACUGUUAGGAACAGGACAGAAACCACUUCCACGUGAUCAUAUCUUGAUAGAGUGUCCCGCAAGAGAAAGGUGACGAUAACAAGCCUUACAAACCUCUAACAGUCUUUGGAGAGGCAUACUGAAACUGUUUAUUUUUUAAAAAAAAGACUUGUGCCUAGAUUGAUUCUUUGUCUUAAGUGUUGCGUCGUUUCAGUUUAUGCUUGUUUGUCUUUGCUAAGAUCUAUCAGUCUGCAGUUUUAUAGCCUGUCAGCAAGCUCUCCAUUUAUGGCAGGCGAUGCGAACCUUGAGAGAACUUCGGCGCGAAAUGCUUGCAGCUAGCAGUUUUAACUUGCCUUUACCAUAUAAUAAGCUCAACCCUAGUUUUAGCGGUGAUUAGUUCGAUUAUUAUACGUAAAUUUAGCACUCGGGUCUCCAAUAUUUUGUCCUGUUGUUUAACUUGUUGUUUUGUCUAUGGACGAACGAGAGCAUUACAAACACGGAAUAAGUCCAAAAUACCAAGUGAAAUAAUUUGUUCUGUUAACAGUGCCACCUACACCCUGCAAGUACCGAACGUGACAAGAAACAAACUCGUUUUUCAGGUUUGUAUAGAAACUUCUUACCCCAAUAUUGAAGGUCUCGAAGCACUACGGAAUGAAUCAGGAGACACAGAAGCCAGGCUUAAAGCUCCUAUCUGCAGAGGCGUUGUCAGCUAAAAAGUGUCACAUAAUCCAGAAUUAUAAGAAGUCGACUUGUGUUGUUUCACGUUCGCUUUCAUUUGAGUUUGAGACAUAUAAGUAGUUUUUAUCAUGUCAUAAGACCAAACUAGUACUAGUCCUUUCGGGGGACGGGGUGGGGAUGAUAAUUUUGGAAAAUAGUAACAGGAGUAUGCGAAGUUGUUAUACCUCAGGAAAGCCAAAACCGGACUCCAAACGUCUAUCGGUUCAGGAAAAGGACACGGGGAAAGUCCUUCCACAAAUAAAUUGGUUUUAAAAGCUGGGCGGAUCGAGACAUUUGAAAUUUUUUUUCUUUAAAAAUGAUAACCCUAGGGUGGCCUUUCUGUUUUUCCAACUGAAAAAUGUCUGCACCGAUGUCUUCUUUUUUUCGAAGUAUUAAUUUUAGACCUAAAAACAUGAUGAGUCGACACCAAGUAAGGGAUUGCCCAUCCCUGUCUCUAUUACACCUGAGUAACCGCUGUGAGCUGACCAGUUAAAGCAUAUUUACACACACCAAAUGUACCAUCCAGAAAUCGAAAACAGGUCAAUGUAACUACAGCAGUAGCAACAAGCACCGGGCUUUAAGUGUAGUUCCAGUAAGGGCGCGAAAUUCUGUUUGUUUUUUGUUUGAAUUCUUUGGGUGGCAAAUUGCCAAACCUGUGUCAAGGUUCUUGUGGUUUCUUGUUAGGUGAAGACCGACUUGGACAUUGUCAGUGGCCCAGCUUCAGUAACAAUUCUUCCUGGCAAAACUGCUGAGCACGUGAUAACGGUCUCACCCUGGAAACGAGGCGCUUUUACUGGAAUUGUUUCAUUUGAAUCAUCUGGGGACUCGCCUGGAGCAGAGAGGUGAAUACAUUCAAACUGAAAAAGUAGCUAAGGAAUCAUGAACAUUAAAAGACUUGGUGAAUUCUGUUUCUGUGGUUUGUUGUGUAAAGUGGUAUAAUAAUAGAUCUAUUUGUUUUAAGGGUACAAGUUGAUGAGGAAGAUGAAGACGGUCAAAAUGUUCCCUUUAAAGCUCAGGAGCUCGCAUCUGAUCCACGCCAGAGACCCUAUCGCUUAUGGUACACUAUUGAAGUUCAAGCCUCAGCACCUCCGCCUGAAAGAACCUUAGAAGUCACGUGUGCUGCACACUCCGUAGUGGCAGUAGACAUGGCGGUGACGAAUCCCACCCGCGAAAGGAUUGUUAUGGAUGUACUUAUUGAAGGGGUGGCUUUAUCUGGUGAGCCCACGGUCAUUUUGCAUCCAAGGCAACAAGUUACAUAUCACGUGACAUUUUCGCCAACCAUCAUUGGUGAACACACUGGAAGGUAGGCGGAUAUAAGUCUUAUCUCUAAAACUUUGCUCACAGAAAAGUGGAAGAUUUUAGAACUCUUAACGUACUUUGCAGAUAAUACUUUUCACUCUUUUACGUUCCACUUGCAGUGUGGUUUUCCAGAAUGAAGCUGUGGGGGAAUUCUGGUAUGACCUGAUACUGAAAGCAACCACGUCUCUUCCGGUUACCCUACCCUCUAUUCACUGCGAAAUUGGCAAGUAAGUGUUAAUCAAGGAUGCGUUCGAUUGAUCGUAUUUUGGGAUCUCUUGUGCUGUAAUUUUUGGACCAUCGUUUCAAGCAGAUAUUUAGAGAUUGCAACGCAAUGAAUGCCAAAACAAGUGAAUUUUAGAGUAUAUUCCAUUUAUUCCCGGGCCUAUUUCAAAAUACGCCGGUCAAUCGAACAAACAAACAUUAAGUAGCUAUGAGAAUUUUUAUCAUUUGAAAAAUAUAAUGUGGUGUGUGAGGCUGUAAGUCCAAGCCUAAUCACAUCGUUCAAUGAUUGAAAAGUCAAUUUAGUCUUUUGAAACUAUCAUAAUCUCAACCGACUGAGUUCCGUUUUUUUUUCUCAGCUCCACCUAUCAGAUGAUUCGCCUACGGAAUCCAACAGAUGAGUCACUGGUGCUUACUCCUCACUGCUCCAAUACUAAUAACUUCAGCCUUGAGCUUGACAAUUCCAAACAGAUUCUCCUGGCCGCUGGAAGUGUGUUAGAAGUACCGCUCAAGUUUACUCCUUCAGCCAUUGGAAAUCUGCAAUCCGCGGAAGUUUCCUUUCACUGCCCUCAGGUAAAAUGUAGAUCGGCUUGAUAUUACCUUGACGUCUUUAACUGAAAAUACCUUUUUUGUAACAUAUCUCAAACGAGUGACUUAUCAAGAAAAACAACGUGAAAGCGUGCUAGCCUGCGAGUAGUGUCUUAACCGAGUAGGUAGCGUGCGGAAAAUCCCAUUCGCAAAAAACACAACGCGUUGUCCUCGCUCUGUUUUUUCUUUCAAAUACUCGUAAUUUCCAGGGUCGUUUUCGGUUUUUAAAAUGGCAGAGACAAGAAGACAAGAAAACGAAAGAUCUUGGAAAGGAGGUUGUACACUGACACUAGGUUGUAUUCGCAACCUGAUCAUAUCCCCAACAUAGAUGAAACAGACAAAAUCACCUGACUGAAACUGAGGGUAUUUUCUCAAUCACACUCGUGUACUUUAAGUAGCCUUUCAUUUUGUUCUGUUGGAGGUUUACUCUGCACCGGGUCGAAAGUUUUGCAUGGAAGUAUGCAAAUUCGCACGCAAAGUAACAUCAGCUCUUUUUUCGCCAUUGUAGCUUGGAAACUGGGUAUUUUACGCGCAUGGUACCGGGAUGAUGCCUGGUCCUAUGGAUCCUAUCAAUAUCUACUCUGAGCUUGGUGGAAAUUCUUCAGUUAUAAUUCCGUUUAGAAACCCAACCGAAAGACAAGUGGUUGUUGAUGUCAUUAUGAAGGAACGGCUCUUGUCGAGGAGUGGUGAGAUUUCUGAUUGUUACUUUUGUGAUAUAUAAUAUUGUAGUAUUUACCAAAUCAGUGAAUAGCAAUUUUUGGUAUUUUGAUUGGCUCCCGUAACUCCGAAUAUCCUUGGCUAUUCACUGUUUUGCGACCCGAGGCAAGAUGGCGUGUCGUUUCAAGACAUUUUCGGAAGACGAAAUUUGAGCUAUAAAUGAAGCAGUCGUACAAACAAAUACCAAGAAAGCGACGAACUUUGGCUUCUCGGUGUUUACUGGUAGGUAUAAAAAUUAUUUUCAUGCUGAAUUUACAAUAAAAUCAUAAAAAUGCAUUUGGCAAAGUCCCCGAAAUCUUUGCAAGUUGUAAACAAAGUUCCUACUAAGUGACGUUUUUAAUGUACAAGAAGUUACUUUUUUGUUUGUUAUCCAAUUGAUUUGGUAAAUACUAAAACAACUUUCCCCCUUAGGGUCGGUGAACAGCGCUAGAUAUAAACCUCGACGCUUCCCGUCCCGGUAUAUAUCCUGUUCACCUCCCCUUCGGGGGAUAGUGUAUAAUAAUAACUACAGUCGAACCCCGCUAUUUCGAAGUCCCAAGGGAAAUGGAAAAAAGGUCGAAAUAGCGGGGUUUCGAAAUAACCGGGGAAGCGUAAAGGGGAAGGGUAAAUCCAAGGGAAUUCGAUCUUCCUUCGAAAUAGCGGGGACUUCGAAUUAACCGAGUUCGAAAUAGCGGGGUUCGACUGUAUAUAAUAUAUAAUAAAUAUGCUUAUGUAUGUAAUAUUAAGCAGAAACAACAUAUUUUUUGCAUACGGAAGUUAUGUAGCACUUUUGAUACGUGCACGUGUAUAUGCUUUUAUUUUAUCUUUUACCUUUUAUUACCCUUCUUUCAUUUACUUUCAGGCGGCUUGUUUAAUAUGCGUCUUGACUCGCAGCCUAAAGCCUCGGUCUUCUGCCUUCUUCUCAAACGCGCUAAAAGCAUCCCGCUGGAGCCUGGUGCGACUCUGGAUAUCCCAAUCUCCUUUGCGCCAGACACCAUGCAGAUGUACGAGGCUACAGUAACAGUGACCAUUCACAAAGAAGAGCCUGAGGACUCUUGGAAAGGCGAUUAUCCGAGCAUGAUGAGCACCCGUAUGGUCAAUGACCUUCACUGGAUAUUUCCCGUUAGGGGGAUCCCCGAGUCGUAUCCCAUCAAGGCGUCCCAGGCCCCUUGUGUAGAGUGUAAGGCCCGGAGCCGCGUGGAAGAGAGGGUAGAGGUGACGCUGACCGGGUUGGCCCCUAAUGCCGUGGGCUCCGGCUUAGGGCGGUAUCCAAGUAUUACUCCGAUUAAUUUGCUGGGACGUCACGUGCCUGGAGAAAUGGAAUAUGGAGUUGAUUACUUGAACGUACCAGAAGAAUUUAGGUAAUUAUAUCUUUUCAUAACAGAUAUAGUGUCAUCUUCUUUAUUAACCUUUUCACUCCAAGAAAUGUUGUCGAAAAACAUCUUUUGAAGCUAGUCGAGAGGUUUUCUGUACAACUAUCAGGCCAAAAGAAACAAAACCUACCCAAAACACUGUUUGUACAUCAAUCACUUCGACGUUUUCUGUCCCUAAUGCAAAAUACCAACUUUGAAAGUUCAGGCAUGCGCAGAAUUUGGUUUUAUCGUUCGCGUUUCUUAUUCGUAUCCUUUCCUUUUUUUUUUCUUCCAGGGACUUUUACUUGGCUUCAUUUCUUUCUGUAGGGAACGUUUUUGUAGGGUCGUAGAAUAACAUAAUAUAACGUAGGAGGGUAGUGGUUCAAGAUUUCCAUUGGUCAACUUAACAUGGGUUUUAACCUUUCUUCUCCAGCCUAUUGUCUUUGUAACCCGUAAAAAGGUUACAAACAAAUCACAGCAUGAUAUUAUGAAAACUUGUGAGAUAGGUAAAGCCAGGUAAUAUCCUUUGAAAUUCACAAUUAUCCCUAGAAAUUCACAAUCUUUAUUUAUGCUUCAGAUACGAACUCAUUUUUGAUGACGCCGAAAGCCAAUCCUGUCUGGAGAGGUCAUUGGGUGUAAGUCUGUUAAGAAAGAUGAAAAAUCAAGUUUCUGGAGUAGUCAUUCUCUUGUUUAACUUCGUGUUUUCACCAUUCAAGCCGUUCAGGUAACUUCAAAAUGUUUCGGCCUUGUAUUGAAUUUUAGUCCUGUGUUAUACCAUAUCCCACUGUUCCAAACUGAUUUUUUUUUUAAGUUAAUUAACUAUCAUUGAAGAAGGCUGAGUGUGAAGUGAAGAAUUAUGCAGAUCGAUUAUUUUUUUUUUUUUUACCGGUCGAGGUGGAUAACAUUCCCGGAGAUCAGCAUAAUUCUUCACAUUAUAAGAAAGCCGAAUUCAAUAAUUGCUUUAUUGUUUAUUAAAAAUAUUUCUAUGUUCUUAAGAAGGUUGGCUCCUCUAUUUGCCUAUUUCUUGGCACGGUUUGAGGAUAUCCCCUCCAAAAGGUAGAUGUCAUCCAUGGAGCAAUAUGUUUUGCGUUUUCUUUUAUUUCUUCCGCUUAGUCUUCAGAAAUUCAGCUAUUUCGUCUUCGGAUAGCCGUGGAAGCUAUUUUUUGUAGUUCACUUGUGAAUAAACAACAAGGUGGCAGCUCCUGGAAAGAGGUAUUGCCCAAGCAGCCUCGUUUCCAUGCAAAUAUACCAUCGAUCAACCUUGUUUGCCAACAAAGAUACCAUCGAAUCGAUGGUAUCUUGCUCGCAUCUUCCAAAUUUGGUCAAGGUCAUUAGUCGUAAAAGAAUUGCUCAACAGCAUCGCUUCCGACGAGCAACAAAAUGAUUUCGAGCCACGCCUUGCUAGAUAGACCACUUGACGUGCCAUUUUGAGCAUUCGCUCACGGCAGGUUCAACGUUUAUUUUUAAUGUGAAACAAUUUAUAGGAAUUUACUUUGAUAUGGUCAGAUCUGAAUUCACUUUCGGCUAAACACUGUGUCACCUCAAGUCUUUUUUGAAUCACCGGACUCUGAAUGCUUUAUCAUGCUUUCAUCCAGUUAGUGGUGCGAUGGGGAACUGACAGGUUUUUUUCUCGUUGCUGUUCGUUUUUGCAGCCACAGGACACAGCUGAUGAUCACGGCCGCUUCCGGUGGAGUGUGGAGAUUUCCCAUCCGAGUGUUAGCUACUGAACCGGAAGUAGACGAUGUAAUUACUAUCGAAUCUGUUGGUCUAAAUAAGAAAUCAGUUGUGGGCUUCAGGAUGAACAGUCAAAUGAGGUGGGUGUAUGGGGCGUGAUCAGAUCACGUGAUUAACGCAAAAUCUGCUGCAUUCUCUGUAUCACAGUUCCUUUAAGAGCAAGGAUUAGAGCGGUUGGUGUGUGGCCUCCCGUGCAAGAAUUCCCCAGUUCAGUCCCCAGGGGAGUAACCUCAAGUCUUUCUUUCGUCUCCUUUCCUUUCCUUAUAUCUACGAGUAGCUUUGAGCAGCCUAUGACCAGCCACCCCCUCCCCUCAGAAAAAAAUCGAAGAAGGUGGUGGGGGGUGGCUAUACACAGGCUAUGCUUUGAGUACCUUUUAAUAUCCGUCAAAUGGGGUAAGACAGACCGGGGGGAAUGAACGCACCGUCGACCUCAGGUUUGUCAGUCAGGCCCCGGUUCUUCAAACGUUGGAUAGCGCUAUCCGGUGGAUAAAUCACUAUCCAGUCGAUAAGUAUUACGGAAAUCAAUUACGCUAUCCGCUGGAUAGUGAUUUAUCCGGUGGAUAACGCUUUCCAACGUUUGAACAACGGGGGCCAGAUGAUGACUUUUUCGAGCUAACGACGUAAAAUAAAAACUCUUCUGGUUCACCUUUUUGUCUUCGUCCUUUUGUAUAGUUAAUUUUCUUUGCAGAAUGACAACUGAAUAGUCUACCUUUUUUCAGACACACCCUUCCAUUCGAGGCAUUCUUCGCUCCCAGUUCUGACCCGGAUUUCACAGUCACCCCAGAAUGUGGGGAGCUUCCUCCGUCUGGUACCGAAGGAACACUGAUCAAGGUGGCCUACAAACCUCAAAUAUACGGCAAGACGCACAAGGCUAAACUGGUGGUUCAGGUAAGAUCUAUUAGCCUCAACUGGCCCUUGUUUCCCACCCGAUCCCAGAUCCUCUCAGAUGGAAAUGCAUGGAAAGAGCACGAAAACUUUAAGGCGAUGAGCGUGAUGACAGAAGUGACCUUCUCCCGCCCAUUUUCUUAUCAUGCCCCACAUAUGGCCGAGUGUUUUCUUGUCUCCCGUGAUUUUUCCUGUCUACUUACAAAUGACAAAAAUUGUAACUGGCAACUAUCUUUAUUUUGCUGAUAAAUUUCAUCAUGUGGAAAAAUAUGUGAGCCAUUUUUCGUGUGAAUUCGUAGCUAUCGGACAGGGGUAGUAACUAAUUGUCAUGAGGUUAAAAACAUCGACUUUCAAUCAGCUUCCUGGAGAAGGCAUUUUAAUAAUUCCGCGUUUUUCUUGGUUUUCUCGCAGACAUCAGACAUGCAAUGGACAUAUGAUAUUCUAGGUACUACCGCUGACUACAAUCCGCCAAACGUGCAGGCAAGAAUCACGUCCACCAGUGCAAACUCGGCGCGCCGGACCGUGAAGCAGAAGAAGAACUAUGUACUAGGGAACUUGAAGUUGCAGAGUACAGCCGUGUCGUCCCCUUAUAAGGGAGUAAGACUUGUGUCACGCUCAGCUAGAUAACAACGACUCACAAGUAUACACGCUGUAUAGCAAGCGAAGUUAGAAGAAAGUGUUAAUUGUCCGAAAUGCUUGGAAGCGUUUUGUUCCAAUGUAGCAUAUGUACAUAAUGUUUCCCAACCGAUAUAUUAUUUUUGUACCGAAAGCUUUUUUGUUCAUUUUGUGUGUUUGGCACUGUAGAUAAAAUUCUCAUUACACAUAGCUGUACAAAUGUUAUUACAAAUUGUCC